ACAGUUUAUCUGGUGAAUCGGGACAGAGGGGUCCUUCACUCCUGGGAGAGGGUUAUUAUGGAAUGUCCUUCAUCCUCCUCUUAUUAAAAGUUGGUGCGUCCAGUGCGCGUGUCCGUGCGUGUUUGUGAUGGGCUCGUUUGAGAUAAGCUCUUGGACAGGCUGGGGGUUGAGCAAUCAGACCGGGGCUUAAAGCUGAGGCCGGAACUUCCUUCCUCCUCUGGUCCAAAAAAAGAAAAGAAAAAAGGAAAGCUCCAGUUUGAGCUUUUAUAAAUGGGAUCCGUUCUUCUGUUCAGCAGCCAGUCGGCUUCUGCUCGUUAAACUCGCAGCUUUUCACCAUCACAGGUUCUAAUCUGAAGCCUGUCCAGAUGCCUCCAGCAGCUGCAGCUCCUCUCCUCAGCCUACUUCUCCUCUGCGGGCUGAGAGGAGUCCUCCUGUCCCGGAUCGGUCGCUGCUCCGGAGGUCUGUGCGUCUUCAGGUCUGUCCUGGACUUUAACGGAGCGGAGACAGAAUGCAGGAACUCCCAGGGACAGUUACUGAGCUUCAGCUCUGAGGAACAGCUUCUGGACAGAUUUAAGAGCCUCUCCGGGUUCAGCGGGACAUUCUGGCUCCGCAGAUCCGACAGGAAGAGCGAGGAAGCGGCGGAAGGUUUCCAAACCUGCCCCUCCGUGUCCGUGGGACUGAACGUGUCCGUGGAGUGGAAGUCCUGCACAGACGAGCUGAGCGGGUUUCUGUGUGAGUUUGGAGACGUUUGCAGCCGAACUCAGAGCUCCGGAGGCGGACCGGUGACCUACACCACGUUCGCCGGCUUCCUGGUGACCGAGUCUGAGUCGUUUCCACCGGGAACCACGGCGGAGGAGCGGGAAGGAGGCGGCGGACCUCCGGCCUCCAAACAUCUCUGUUUCUCCUCCAGCUGGAUAAAAGCUCCGUGGAACUGCGAAGUCCUGGAUGGAGGCUGUGAGUUUGGCUGCGACUCUGAAACCAACACCUGCACCUGUCCCGAAGGGCGCAUGCUCCAACCCAACCAGGUGAGCUGCACCGAGGACCCGUGCUCGGCUGUGAGGGAGGGCUUCAGGCUGGGGCAGGACGGGAGGAGCUGCGUGGACAUCGAUGAGUGUAAGGAGAAGGAUCCGUGCACGGCUGAAGGACAGGAGUGUGAGAACCUCCAGGGAGGGUCCCAGUGUGUCUGCAGGGAGGACUUUGAAUGGGAGGACGGAGGGUGUGUGAACGUGUCCAUCUGCAGCCGGUGUGAGCACAUGAACUGUCAGAAGAUCAGCGGGGUGUACAUGUGUGUCUGCAGGAAGGGCUUCAGGGUGUCACCUGAAGAUCCCACCAAGUGUGAACCUCACUGCUCAGAGAGAGACUGUCCAGCCAGGUGUGAGAAGAACCCAGAGCAGGAGAAGAAGGAGCAGCAGCAGUGCUUCUGUCCUGAGGGCUACAUAGUGGACAUCAGGGACGGAACAUCCACGUGCACGGACAUAAAUGAAUGUGAAUCCCAAGACCUGUGUGAGCAUCAGUGUGAGAACCUGUUUGGGAGCUACAGGUGUUUGUGUAACGAAGGCUUCCAGCUGCAGGACGAGUCCAGGUGUGUUCCUCUGGAGGAGCCAGGUGAGGUGGUGGAGGGAGGAUCUGGUUCUACUGAGUCCGUCCUCCCAGAACCCAGCAGGCCGGCCGACAGACACACUCUGCCCUCCUACAUCAGGACCGGCAGCAUCCUGGGCAUCACCGUGUUCCUGCUGCUGUGUCUGGGACUGCUCUGCUUCCUGAUCCAAUACGCUGUCAGAAGAUGUGGAAAGUUUGAGCUUUCCCCCCUCAAACGGCCAGACAUCAACAUCUUCUACCUGCAGCAGGUAACCACGGAGACGUACAAGAGGCUGUCCUUAGACAAGCAGCUCAAAAACGAACAAAGAAUUUAAUCGGUGUGUCUGAUCGCCUUCCAGUCCAAACACUGUUCAGAGGAUUCAGACACACAGAGAGGAACUAAUUAAAGCUGUAAUCAGUCACAAAGCUGCUGUAAAGUCACAGUAUUAACGGGGGAAAACUUUCCUUUAAUACUAUCCUACAUAGAACUAUUAUUAACCUUUCUGUUGUAGAAAUGGAAAAAAAACUCAACCAGGCCAAUUUUUAAAGUAAUAUUUAAAAAAAAAGAAGUUCAGCAGUGAAGGUACUAGAAGGUUAAUGUGGUCAGUUUCUCCUAAAAUACAAACCAUCAGAUCAUUUCAGAUGGAACAUGCUGGUUUUCAUGAAUCCUGUUUGUGUAUUCGUCCUGCAGCGUGAAGAAAAGGAGUAAAACCUGUUCUCUUUAGUAAACGCUGAUUAUUUUCUGGAUUCCAGUGACUCACUGACGGAUGUUUGCUCCUGAAAUAUUCAGAUUUAGGAUUUAUGAUAUGAGAGGGAAUAUUUUCUCAUUUUCAAGCUUUUAUCUGUCAGGUUUAGCUGCAUCAUAAAACUCCAAAAUUAAAGCCUGAUGUCAGAACAAACUGCUCUAAAAUCAUCUAAUAGAAAUAAAUGUAAAUAAAUAUAUAUGAUAGAUAAAUGCUUCAGCUGAUUACACACUGGUUGUCUUUAAAUCCUGUUGGAGUCGUUCACUGGACUCUAAACUGAGACUCUUUAAAGUCUUGGUGGUAAAUUUGUGCUAUAAACCCACUGAAUGGAAGAUGAAUGACUGUAAACCCACCAGAAGUCAUUUAAAUACAGACUCCAGGUUAGUUUGUCUUCAUGCUUCAGAACAUCAGAACGUGUUACUGUGUUCAAUAACUGCUGUUAGACAUCACUGAUCCUGUUUAGUGACUGAUGGCUUCACCCUGAAUGUAAAACUGCUGCUACUCCACCGUUCUACACCAGGACCUGCUGUGGAGACGCUUUAGACGAUGUUCAGCUGCUGUCAAUGCAGUGCCUCAUUUUAUGUUCUAGUGUCAUCAUUAAAUGGUUCAUAUUCUGAUUUUAUGUUUUAAAGUCAUCAUUAAAUGGUUCAUAUUCUGAUUUUAUGUUUUAAAGUCAUCAUUAAAUGGUUCAUAUUCUGA